AUGUCUCCCUUAUCUCAUAUUGGAGAUUUUAUAAAUUUUUCUCCUACAAAGAUCAUUAAAAUCAUAUCUACUCCUUUAGAGAAACCUGAACCAGAAUUUGAUACUCAUACAAUGCCAAAAGUUCUAUUAUCUAUACCAAUUUCAAAUAUUUUAGCUGAUAAUACAGAUAUCACUCAGCAACUUAAACUUGUAUUUGAAGUAGUAGAUAUGACUUUACAGCUAAAUGAAAAUAAUAAUAAAAAUGCAUCUGGUAAAUCAUGUUUAUCAGCUAAAGAUAUGAUGAAAGAAUUAUAUAUUAUUGCAGAAAUGAGACAUUUGGCAAAAGAAAAAAUACCACAAAAAGUUGACACUAUUAGAGGAUGGAUUUUAAGAUAUUCAGCAUAUGUAAAGGCAGAAGUAGCAGAAAAAGCAUUAGCUAUCAAUAGACAUAUAUAA